CCUCACGCGUCACCUGAAAAGGGCGCACGUCGAUCAGUACAAGUGCUUGUGCGCGCACUGCGACCAAAAGUUCCUCACGGAAUUGCAAUUGACGCGCCACGUGGAAAACCGCCACUUUAAUAAAUUCAAAUUCGAAUGCACCAAGUGCGACCUGCGGUUCGAUUAUUCGUACCAAUUGAAGAAGCACAACGAGCACCACCGAGACGACUCGGUCGACUGCAAGAGUUGCAGCACGGGGGAGAGCUGCGACGAUCACCAAGACGUCGUUAUCAGGAAGCAAUACGUGUGCGGAUGGUGCGACAGGGUGUUCCUGACCAAUUCCAAUUACAAGAACCACCUGAAGGCGCAUCGAGACGAGAAGAAAAUAUUUGCGAGGUGUGCGGUAAAAACGUGUCUUCGAAGGUGAGCCUAACCAAUCACAUGCGCACGCAUACCGGCGAGAGGCCGUUCAAGUGUGAGUUUUGCGCGAAAGGCUUCGCUCAGAAGACGGUGCUCGAGAUGCAUAGACGCGUGCACACCAAAGAGAAACCGUUCAUGUGCCAGACUUGCGGCAAAGGGUUCAGUCAGAGAACUCCGCUCACCAUCCACAUGCGUCAUCACUUGGGUAUUACGCCGUACGGUUGCGAGGCGUGUCAGAAGAGGUUUGUGUCUAACGCUUUACUGAAAAGUCAUAGGUGCAAUAGACGGUAAAUUUUAAUGUCGAUUAGAGAGUGCUACAAAUGUGUAUUUUUCAGCGUUUUGCUCUAGGUACGUAUAGACGAGUACAUCUGGGGUACAAAUAAACAAAUAUUUUGGUCAUCCUGGAUUUUUUUGCCCUUCUUGAUCCCAACUUUUAACACCUAAUGAAAUAAAUUGCUUAGUAUAGUUCUUGUUUUAUUUCGUUCGGAUUAUUCCUGACAGCGCCACAUCACUAGUUCAUCAUGUCCGGACGUGAGAUAGAUGGGUUACCUUGUGCCCCAGAACCCGUUGAGUCAUACUAGUAUUGGUUUGCAUAGGUAGGUUUGUAUUUUAUAGAAUAGCAAUCCUAUUUUAAAUUGGUUUAACCGAAUGUUCAUAUUUGCCUCUGAAAUUGAGGUAGUUGAUAAAACUAAUAAACCCGAUUGGUCUCACGCAGACUC